UGCUCGAUGGCAUAUGUUGUUAUCAGAUUUUGAGAUUAUUUACAUGACUCAAAAGGCAAUAAAAGGUCAAGUCAUUGCAAACCAUCUUGCAGAAAACACAGUUGAAGAUUAUCAGCUAGUUGAUUGGGAGUUUCUUGAUGAGGAUAUAAUGGCAAUUGAAGAAAGCAAUUGUGAAACUUCUAAUUGGAAGAUGCAUUUUGAUGGAGUUGUAAACCAAAACGGAAGUGGAGUGGGGGUAGUUCUUGUCUCACCUAAAGGAGAACAUUUUCCAUUUGAAGUGAAGCUUGAUUUUUCCUACACCAAUAACAUCACUGAAUAUGAGGCUUGUAUCUUGGGUCUACAAGUAGCUGGUGAUAUGAAUAUUAGGGAUCUUGAAGUUUGUGGAGAUUCUUCCCUAAUCAUAUUUCAAAUCAAAGGAAAAUGGAAGACAAAAGACAUGAAGUUACUGCAUUAUUACUAGUACCUUGAUUCUCAAACUAAGAAGUUCAAAUUUAUCUCUUUUGAGUACAUGCCUCGAUCGAAGAAUCAAUUUGCAAAUGCCUUAUCAACUUUGGCUUCCAUGGUGCAAAUAUCAGAUAAAGAUCAAAUUCAACC